AUUUUCCGAUUUUUGUCUACAAAAACUGAAAGAUAUUAGUAUUUAUAGUAUUAGCAAUUCCCAGAAAUCUCUUAAGGAGCUCCCUUAAGGAGCUUCCUUAAGGCGCUUCCUUAAGGAAAUCAGUUUCCUUAAGGAAUUUUUAUUAUAAAAAGUUAUUAUAACUUUCCUUAAGAGGAAAAAAAUUCCCUUAAGGAGGACCCUUAAGGACAAGCUGUUAUAAACUUGGGCUAAUAACAGCGGCUCCUUAAGGACCUUGCUAGUACUACGAGGUCAAAAGUGUCAAGAGCGUGCUAACGUGUUCGCGGCUGUUAGUUUGUAGGCUACUCACGUACACCAGCCACAUCUGCAGCAAGACACUACGCGCCCACCCCUAGCGAAUCGCCCCGACGAACUUCCAACCGCUACCCUUGUCAUAUAUCGCCCAACGCCUUUACUUUUUUUCAAAAACUUCAGGGAGGUCAUUCAAAUACAGAGAAAACUGAACGACCUCCCUGAAGUUUUUGGAAAAAAGUUAGCUCGCUCCCCUUCCGCGACUACCUUCCGCGCACAGCAAUCGACCACGGCACAGGAGCGCGCGGCAGCCCUUGGAGAUGGUUGACCAGUAUACUUCUAACCAGCACAAAAGCGGGAGAAUUGUAAGGGAGAGGGUGAGCACUUGAAAAGGCAGAGGCUGACGAGCGUGAUCAUAUUGAUUCGCGAGAAGGCCAAAGACAUACAUCUCGGCGCUUCAAAGUCGCAGCCGUUGCGGAUGUCGAUGGCUGUGAGGAUGAUAGCCGUGCGCACUUGCGUGUCUGAAGGGUGGACCCUGGUGAGCAUCAUCAUAUCCAUGAGAAGGCCAAAGGUGUGCAUAUUUGCGUGCGAAAGUCGAAGCCGCUGAGGAUGUUGAUGUCUUUGAGAAUGAUUGAGAGCCGUGAGGACUUGCGUCAUGUCUGAAGGGUGGACCCUGGUGAGCGUCAUCAUAUCCAUGAGAAAGCCAAAGACAUACAUCGCUGUGUAUGAAAGUCGAAGCCGUUGAGGAUGUCGAUGUCUGUGAGAAUGAUAGCCGUGAGGACUUGCAUGUCUGAAGGGUGGACCUUGGUGAGCAUCAUCAUAUCAACGAGAGGGCCAAAGGCAUGCGUCUCUGUGUGUGAAAGUCGAAGCCGUUGAGGAUGUCGAUGUCUGUGAGAACGAUAGCCCUAGCCGUGAAGGGAGGCGCGCACGUCUGAAGGGUGGACCUUGGUGAGCGUCAUCAUAUCCAGGAGAAGGCCAAAGAUGUGCAUCUCUGUGUUUGAAAGUCGAAGCCGUUCCGUUGAGGAUGUCGAUCUCGAUGUCUGUGAGAGUGAUAGCCUUGAGCACUUGCGUGUCUGAAGGGUGGGCCCUGGUGGGCGUCAUCAUAUCCAUGAGAAGGCCAAAGGUAUACAGAUUUGCCUGCGAAAGCCGAAGCCGUUGAGGAUGUCGAUGUCUGUGAGAAAGUAGAUAAGGUUGGACCCUGGCGGGCGUCAUCAUGUCCAUGAGAAGGCCAGGCGCAUGCAUCUCCGUCGGUGAAGGCUGAAGGCUGAGGACGUCGAUGCCUGUGUGUGAGAAUGAUAACUGUGGGCCAUUGCAUGUCUGAGGCGCGGACCGUGGUGGGCGUCUUGCGUCAUGUCCAUGAAACAGCCAACCUCCUAGACACAUCCCCGCGCCUGAAGGUUGGGGCCCAGCUUCUGGCUCUGCGCAUAGAUAUGCCCAAGCGUGGCUUUCUCAUGGGCCUCGUCCAUGACGCUCGCCAGUGUCAGCGUUUUGCCAUCCCAUGGGCCUGCUAUGCUUUAGGAUUCUCCUGGACAUGAUCACACUCAAAAGGGCCCAACCUCUGUGCCUACAUAUGUCCAGGCGUGGCCUUCUCAUGGACUCCAUGACGCUCAGCGGGCCAGCCUUGGCGCCCAUUGGCUUGCCCCUAGCAAGCAAGUUGGCCAAGGCAGUAGCCAUAGCGGUAACCUCCUCACUAGCCUCGCCACAGUGGGGGCCAGCUUCCCAGCCUUGGCGAGCAGACUUGGCGACUUUUUUCGUUUGUCUUUCUGUCUCUUAGUCGUCAACCUGUCUAGUUGUUAACCUAUGCCCAGCGCAGCGGGCCCUUGAUGGGCCCGCUUUCUGGGCAUGUAUCUAAUACAGGUACUAACGGGAGUCGCAAUAAUUACAGCUUUCGGCGUAAGAUGAACGAAGUUGAAAGUCAUUCUUGACGUCGCGGUAUGUCUGCGAUAGAUGUAAGACACACAAAUUAAGUACGACUCGCUCACUACAUGAUAAAAAUUCACAUCCUGCUCUACAACCGUUCUACUUGAUGAAGACGUAGAAUUAUCCUAUUCUUGAAUCAAAUACCAAGAAAAAUGUCAGCUGUCCGCAACCCAACAGAGGACAAAAGUCCUCUUAGGUUCACCCAGGAAUGCUCCAUUAGUAUUCUGAGUCUCAUGCACGUCUUCUCACAGACGAAGAAGGCACCGCCAUUCUGCUUCUCGCUCUUUCUCGCCAUUUGGGCUGCUUGGUGGCUGGAGACGUUUGAGGUAAUAGAUACGCAAACGUGGGUAUUGCCCAGUUCGGCGGUUUUGAGUCCUAUAUUACGACAGCAAACAGUGGGAGGAACCUCCACAUCUAGUUCGGGAACAAGUACACCAUCUCCAUCAAGUAUUAUGGGGGUAGGGAAUUCAUCUCCAAAGUCAUCUGGAAGAGAAAAGACAAGAGGAAAAUGGCACCCAGAUGAUCCCCGCGAUGGAUUUCCUAUACCUCUAAAAGUAGUCCGCCAGAUGAUAUAGACUGGUCAGGAGCAGCACUGCAUUGGAUAAAGCCAUAUUGCGGAUUCCUCCGAACAUGCCUGAUAGGAAGCGUGCUACUGAUAUAUGGGUACUCGUACUUCUUGAAUUUGAGCAGUAGACAAGAACCCUAUACCAUAGAGGAACGUAAUUUUUCCACAAACACAAUGAUCCCUUAUCUUCCCUGCUCGUCUUCCUACAACCAGGUACACCUACGAGGCUCUCAUCGGCACAGCGGCGUUUCUGAUGAAUUUCCUUCUUCUCCAUGCCUUCGCCAUUGGUCUUACAGCGUGGUUCGAUCUAGAGAGGUACGUCGGCGGCGCGAUCUUCGGUCUAGAGUGUACUCUAGUAGCGAUGCAGUGUCUUUAUCACGAGCAAAACCCUAAGAUCGGCCCACACCAGAUCCGGGACGACUUCCUACAAGUAAAGCUCUUCACCCUCGAGCCAAGGUGGCAUGUCUGGUGGCUACUAGUCCUUCUGCUCUUGACUGGGCAGACGGCGCCAUGGCCACUAGUAUUGGCGAAGUACAGUGUAGGCUUAGCGAUGGGAACACUGCAAGUAGCGAGAUAUCCAACGGUACUAUUAGCAACUUGAUUGGAUUCUCUAUUUUGAAGGCUCUGGCUUGGUCUGAUGAGCAUUUUCCGUCAAGGUUCGUAUUUCUCUCUCCCUCUUCUGAACAGACGUGGCCUCACAUCCAGUCCCUCUUCGCAAGAAAUGGGCAGUUCGCUUUCUGCCUCCUCCUCUUCGCACUGUCGCUCGUCUAUCUUCCGUUAACUGCCGUGGAACCUCCAAGUAGCAUUCCCGGUCUUUUAGAGGGUGCUUUCGGCACACCACAGCUUUCCCUAGUAUCGAUCGGCACCUUCCUCGAACCGAUGCCGGAAGCCUAUUUUGUGAUAAAAUUCACUCUUGCGCUUUUGCCGAUGAUCGUGUGUCUCACGGUGAAUGACCAGACGGGCGGUUUCGCAUGGAUCAAGAAGGCAUAUGGAGUCACGUCAAUGAUCCUGGCAAUGUACGCGAUGAACACAAAAGUGUGGAAUUACGUAAACAGUGGCUUUUUGGGCCUACUGCUGUGUGUGUACGGGUUUAUGACGUGUUGAUGAGGAUGAUUCACUACAACGAAUUUGAUGAUGCUGGGAACCCCAACAACCCAACCAUAUUCCUGUCAAAGUCAGAUAUCCAAGAUCAUUGAGAACUACCAUAUUAAACACACCCGUCUCCAAGACGCACAUCAGCCAAGGCGAAUAGGCGAUGUGGACACAUCUCCAAGGAGUCGUGUAUGACUAACCUGAUGCUUACGCGAAUCCAUAAACUCUUGUCCUUGUCGUUUUCCUCUUACUACUCAAUUAUUAUGACGCAUAAUUAUAAAUAUUAGAUCAACAUCAAU